AUGAAGGGGGAACAGAAGGGCAUCUUAGAGGUGAACGUCAUCAAGGGCUACUACAAAAAGACAUUCACCAACGAGCUGCUGCAUUCACUGCAGAAUGAAAUAAACGUAGAAGACCUGCUGUACUCAUAUAACUACUAUUCCCAUUUGCUGACGGGGGAUGACAAAUUUGACAAUGAAGAAAUGGGGAGUGAAUACCUGAAGAGUGAAGACGAACUGGAGGAGUCACCACCCAGCCAUGAGGACAAGAAAUAUAAAGUAAGGAAAGAAGAUUCGGACGAGGAUAUGAUCAAUUACUUCGAUCCAACUAUAACUGAAGAAUUGUAUGAAGAAAAAAUCGAACAAACAUUCCAAUAUUUGGAUAAUUUUUUAAAAGCAUUUUAUGUUCCAAAUGAUAUGAACAAGUCAAGCGAAAUGGAAAUAAUAAAUGACGUAGUGAAAAAUUUAGUAAUAGAAAAAAUAAAUAAUGAUGAAUAUAAAAUCUUGGACAUGCAAUGUGAAAAAUCCCAGAUAUAUGAAAUUACGCUAAUCAUCAUUGCGUACAUUAUUAGGAAUAUUUUCAGCUUAAGUUUGGGAAGGAAAAUUAUUUUUUCCAACAAGAAGAUCACCAGUCUGUUGUUAAGAGCAUUGUAUAAGCAAAAUAUAUACAUACAAAUAUUCACUUUGAAAAAUUUAAAAAAAUAUAUCAUGGAAGAUGGAGAAUGUUUGCAAGAUAUCCACUUAAAAAUGAUUAAAAUCUGCAUCUUCAGUAAAUCUCUCUCUUCAUUCAAUCGCUCAAACGAAAUGAUACAAUUUUUAGUGAAAGAAAAUAAACACGUGAGUGAAAUUUUCGAUUUCUGUUUUUUAGAAAAACUUAAAAAGUCUUUGGAACAUUCGGACAAUGUGCAACGGUUGAGAUUGCUUGAUCUCAUUUCAGAGUGUGCAAAUAUAAACAGCCAACAAAUUUGCGACAUUUUUCGAACGAAGAAGAAGAAAAAAAAUAUGACACAGGAGGAUGCUGAACAAGAUGGAGGUACGUCUGAUCAGGGGGAAAACGAAGAGACGCACACGGGUGAUGAUGUACCGCCCGCUACGACCGACACAGAUGAUGAUGUUGAUGUCAAUUUGGAAAACUUCACCUACGAUAGCGAGUACGAAGAAGAGAAAUGCACCUAUGAUGACAUAUCCUUUGUAAGUAAAAAUGUAGUAGAGGAAGAAAUGAAAAAGCAUAAUGUAAAGUUAAGUCAAAUUUGCAAAAUGAUAAAAAUUAAUGUAUACAAAUAUUUAUAUAUGAUAUACCAGAAGGACGAUUUACUGCUGAAAAUAAAUGUGCUGGAAAUUUUCUCCAAAUUUGUGCAAAACGAAUAUUACAGUGAUAGCACGGUGCAAAAUUGCUAUUUUCUGCACACCGUCUUGAACGAUCUGCACAAUUCCAACGACGAUGUUCUUCCCUUGAGUAUUCUCAACUCACUCAUUUGUUACGCCAAAAUAAAUUCAGCUCUUCUUCAUUUUAUAAUCACCGCACAUGACAAUAUUCUCAUAAAGACGAUCAUUCACUAUCUGACGAAAGAUUCCACCCACGGUAGUAGUUCCAACAUGGAAAAGUUAAUUGUUGGCAUAAAGUCCUUUGGCUACUUCUUCUCACUGAAGGAGUCUAGUGAAGCUCUUGUAAGUCUGAACCCAAAUGCACACCUUAUCAUAAUUAAUAACAUAAAUACACACUCGCACACGAAUGUUUUAAAGCACGCAAUAAACAUAUGGAUAAAAAUUUUACCAGCUGAAUGCAUGGGUGCUGAAUGGAACAAACAACUCAUUCACGAUGUGCUCUUCCAAAAGCUUAUCACCAUACUAAAAGAAAUCGAAGACGAAGAGGUUCAGAUAAAUACGUAUCAAGUGCUGCGGGCCAUGGUCCCCUACAGCAUUGUAGAUCUUAUCAUACAAGAACACUGGCUCCUUAGGACUCUCAGAAGCAGCCUUGAAAACAAGAGCUACGAGCUGAAGAUGAGUAGGUACAAUUUUUUUAAAGAACUCUACGAACUUAACGGUAUUACCAUAACGAAUGAUGCCUUCUCGGAUAACCUCAUCAGCAACUUCCUGGAGAAGGAGCCCAAGAGGUAUUAG